AUGAGCGAAAACCGCCAUUUCAGUGCAGAGCACUUUUUGUCGCACGUUUCGACGCUUUUUAAGGAAGCAAAUGCCAAACAUCGUACCGUGCGGCUGUCAAUGAAGCGUUUGGUGGAAUCAGAUGGUGUGAGCCAGACUCCAGAAUCGAAUGCAGCCGGCCAGCCAUCCUACGACGUUUCACAGAUGUCACAAUUUACACCAGUGCCCUCUGACGCCAGUAAGAACGAGUACAAAGUGCUUGUACGUGUUUCAUGCAAGCUGGACGGUAAGAAGCACAAGUUUGGGACUGUCCUCUCUUCUCAAUCCCUUGAUAAGUUUUGGAAAGAUUAUUCUGCGACGAUCAAGGGCAAUAUGACCGGACUGGUGAAAAAAAGAAGAAAGCCAAGAAGGCACACAGAUAGUGAUAAUGGACGCCUUCUUCACAAGUCCGCCUAA